CCACAAGAACCAUUGAGGCUCACUCAUUCGCGCAUUCUUGUUUGUUUGAUUCCUACAAAAACCAAAGUGUGAAACCAGCCAGAUGUGAUUUGAUGAACUCAGAGGCCCAGGUGUCCUCUUACCUGUGGGACCGAAAGAACCAGUCACUGAUGCGACCAGAUACACAACUAAAGAGGAGAGAUGGGAUUCUAAAGACAAAGACGGCGUGCCAGGAACACGAUACCUGAUGUCUGUAAUUCAUCUCAUUUGGGAGGAUGAGCUUUUGGACGACACGUCUGUAUCCCUUGGCCAGAUUUUACGGAAGCCAAAAUGCUUAAGCCAAGAAUGCUGUGCAAGUUCUGUGAUGUGCGGCCCACCGACUGCACGGGCAAAGGGAGCUGCAAGGCCGAGUGUGAAAUCACCUCCAUCUGCCCCAACGACUCAGACGUGUGUGUCAGUACCUGGAGGAAGGAGGGUGACAAUUUCACCAUUGAUACAGUCUGCCACAACCGGUUCCAUAAGCUGCACGGGCUGGUCCUGGACGAUUACAACAACAGCAAGUGUGAGAUGAAAGAGAGGAAGGGCCUGGGCUCCCAGUUCUUCAUCUGCUCCUGCUCCGAGGAGGAGUGCAACGAGCUCAUCUUCUUUAACUCCUACAUGGACUCCCAGGUGGUGGCGGUCAUCUUGGUGAGCCUGGUCCCUCUGCUGGUGAUGGCCGUCGUCGUCAUCACUUCCUUCUACUGCUAUCGCGUCUACCACCAGCGGCAGGCCAGCUCGGGGCGCAAGAGGGGCUGCCUGGACUUCAGCGACGCCCGCGCCAUCAUGAUCGACGACGAGGGCUCGGACAGCAGCUCCACGCACGCCAACAACCUCAACCACAACACGGAGCUGCUGCCCAUCGAGCUGGAGGUCCAGGUCGGGAAGGGGCGCUUCGCGGAGGUUUACAAGGCCAAGCUGAAGCGGGGCUCCUCGGGCAGCGGGGAGCAGGGCUUCGAGACGGUGGCCGUCAAGAUCUUCCAGUACGAGGAGUACGCCUCCUGGAAGAACGAGAAGGAGAUCUUCUCCGACGCCGACCUGCGGCACGAGAACGUGCUUCACUUCCUGACGGCGGAGGACCGGAAGGCGCUGAGGCAGUGCUGGCUGAUCACGGCCUACCAGCCCCGAGGGAACCUCCAGGAGUUCCUGAUCCACCACAUCGUCAGCUGGCACGACCUGUGGCUGCUGGGGGGGUCGCUGGCGCGCGGCGUGGCCCACCUUCACAGCGACCUCAGCCCCUGCGGCCGCUACAAGGUGCCCAUCGCGCACAGGGACAUAAAGAGCUCCAACAUACUGGUGAAAGGCGACCUGGCCUGCUGCCUGUGUGACUUCGGCCUCGCCCUGCGCCUGGACAACGCUCUGUCCGUGGACGAGCUGGCCAACAGCGGGCAGGUGGGCACUGCCAGGUACAUGGCCCCAGAGGUCUUGGAGUCCAGAAUAAACCUGGAAAACAUUGAGUGUUUCAAACAGGCCGACGUUUACUCCAUGGCUCUCGUACUGUGGGAGAUCAUCUCCAGGUGCAACGCAAUAGGAGAGGUGAAGGAGUACGAGCCUCCCUUUGGGAACCUGAGGGAACACCCGUGUGUAGAGAGCAUGAAGGACAGCGUCCUGCGAGACAGAGGAAGACCGGAGGUCCCCAGCAGCUGGAUCGACCACACGGGCAUCCAGAUGGUGUGCGCCUCCAUAGACGAGUGCUGGGACCACGACCCGGAGGCCCGUCUGACAGCCCAGUGUGUCGCCGAGCGCUUCAGCGACAUGGAGUACCUGGACAAGCUGUCGGAUCGCUCCGACUCGGAGGAGAAGAUCCCCGAGGAAAUCUUGAUGGUGGACGAGAAGUAGAGGUCAACCGGAGCGCUGCCCCCACCAGGGCGGCAGAGGACUCGCAGCCAGGCACCCGGGAGAGAGAACUUCCAAUGGACGCUAUGGGUGUGUCACAAAUGUGUGACUGAGGAGCAAGCGGGAAGCUCACGCCAAUGAAACCCAACUGAGACCAGAGAUGGACUUCCAUGUACACAUCAGAACCAGCGUGACAGUAAACCAGUGUUCAAAGACUGGAUGAUAUUAGGAGAUGAUAUUACAAAGCUUUUUUUUAACCAAAUGCUGUUUGCACUUUAUCAACAUCUGUGUGUGUGUGUGUGUGUGUGUGUGUGUGUGUGUGUGUGUGUGUGUGUGUGUGUGUGUGUGUGUGUGUGUGUGUGUGUGUGUGUGUGUGUGUGUGUGUGUGUGUGUGUGUGUGUGUGUGUGUGUGUGUGUGUGUGUGUGUGUGUUGAAUCUGACAGAAUAGAGGAAUAGAAAAUAAAAAAACAGCUUUUAUUUAGUAAAGAAGGUAAGGAAAAGCCAUGUAAUAUAUUAAGACACUAAUAGCCCUUAUAGUUAUAGUUUCAUGACUGCUUGCUUAAACGUUUACCGCGUGUGUGUGCGUGCGUGCGUGCGUGCGUGCGUGCGUGCGUGUGUGUGUGUGUGUGUGUGUGUGUGUGUGUGUGUGUGUGUCUGUCUUCAGGCUAAGAACAAAGGGGAUAGAGAUGUUUCUAACGGACUGUAAACAGGAAGUUUGAGCCCACUACAUUUUUGUAAAUGCUGUAAGCUCAGCUGGACAUUUUGUCACACAAUAUGAAAUUCUGCGCUCUCUGAUCUAUAUCAAAGUAUUAUUUUUUCCAUUAAAUUGUAAAGCCAUAAUUAAAACUGUUACAGGUCUCAGUUUUUAUGUCGUAUUGCUGUGUAUUUAGACGUUUGGUGACACUUAUUCCCCUUUGUUUAGAACAUGAUCUGCAUUGUGAACCUUCUCUAAUCUGAUGGUCUUUACAGCCCAACAUGUGUAGUCUCCACUUUGACGGCACAAUACCAAUCUAUAUCAAGGCAGUCAUUUCAUCUCUUAAAUCAAAUGGUGCUGGUCCUGCUGAUUCGACAGAGACUGAGCACAUUCAAACCUUCAUGCAGAGUCACUCAUUGGAAGAAGUGUUUACCCAUUAUAUACUAAAGUAAAAUAACUAGUGCACCAUCCCUACAUUCUUAGGCAAAACACAUCACUUUUUUCCUUUUUUUUAA